AUGGAGUCAGAAAGAGACGACGUCGCUGCUGGCGAGCCGCAUCGCCCCUCGGGCGACCUGCGCAGCAUGUGGCCACGUCCGCAGGCACGCGAGAACGAAGCUGUGCACAUUGACGGGGUGCGCAACUUUCUUGACGAGGCCGAAACCAAGAUCAAUGCCGGCAACGCCGCCGCCGCAGCCAACGACUUGCGGCUGGCUCUGAAAUAUCCGUCUGAAAUCAACGACUUUGCCGACGUCUUUGCCCACGCGCUGUCGCUCAUCUCACGCAUCAAGCACCAGUUCAUCGCCAACGAGGACAAACUCCACGUGGCCCAGCAGGCCGCUGAGAUGCCCGACAGCCCAGGGGCGCUAUAUCACCUGGCGUACCAGCUCGUGGAGACGGGCGACAACGGCGCGGCUGCUACAGUCUUUUCACGGGCCCUCACCCUCGCGCCGGAGAACGCCACGCUUGUGGAAGAGCUCGUGUCGUCUCUGGAGCGAGACAGCAACUACGAGGCGGCUCUCCCGUACCUGCGCAGUCGGCUAGACCAGGUGGAGGGCAACUUUUACCUCGCCUACCAAUUGGCGUGGCUCUCGAUCCUCUGUGGCGACCUGGAGCCGGCAAGACGCCUACAUCCGUUCCUCUCGCGAGAGCGCGGCGACGAUGCGGGGCGCACGUUUCUUGAGAGCCGCAUCAGCGCGGUGCUGCAGCGCGCAGACGCGGUCAAAGACGUGUCUACGCUGGACAAGAGGGACCUGCGCGGCUGGAACUAUGUCCUGAACGGCGGGAUACUGCUUCACGUCUCCCCUGACGGCUUCGACGAGGGCAUGAACGGGCGGUAUUCGUGGGUCCACGACUCGGACGAGCUGUGCCUGGAGGGCAUUCGCCGUCUCGCAUGCAUUCUGAAGCAGCAAGACAUUGUCGUGCCUCGAAUCAUUGCCAUGUCUGACCAAAAAAGCUUCAUACUCGGCAAAGCGCUCGCCACGAUUCUGGGCUGUCAAGAAAUCAUCAUGUGGCCCUGGGAAGGCACCAAUCUACCCGGCAUCGUGGUUGCGUACGAUCUGGACCUCAUGACUGACGAAAUCAACUACCCGCUGCGACACCGGCACCCCGGUCAGUAUCUGUGGGCGCACGCCAUGUGCUGGACGUCGCCGGAGCCGUGCGUCCCGGCUCCAGACUUUGUCACGUUUCUGUACCAGACCCGGCUGUUCCCAUGGAUCGCCCGCUGCAAGGUCGGCGAGGAGGCACAGGCGCAGUGGGACGCUCAGAGGGACGAGUCGCAGACGGCGCAUGCAUCAACAAUGUACGCCUUGGCUGCGAGGUUGGUCAAGGCCGACGUGCCUUUAGAUGGGCUAGACGGUAUGGACCACAUCCUCGCCAUAUCAAGAGCGAGCGGCCUGGGCAGAGAGAUGGACGGCGACGAAGCGGCGAAGCAGUUUGAUACUCGCCAGAUGCAAUGGCCUCGCUCGCCCGUCCCUGGAAAUAUCUGGACGGCGACGACGACGGACGUUGGCGUGGCGGGCAAUUCAUGGUGA